GCUUUUGUCCAACCCUCUCCCAGUGAGAAAAGCUACAGACGGCAUACCGUAGAAAACAGUGGAGACUAGAACUUGAUAGCAUUAGCAGCUUCUUGUUAUAAAAGAGCAAUUGCCUACCUAAACCACUCAAAACCCCCCCACCUCUCCCUCUCUCUUUCCCUUGGAAAAAGAAAGAAAAAAUAUAUAGCUCUGCUUCAGUCCACAAGUCAAGUGAAGAAAAGCAUGGACAACCAAAGAAGUUCUGUUCUAAGCUGGGGUUACUACUGCCAAGGAAAGACUAUGGAUGACCUUCGGAAUUCCCUUUUGUACACAACUCUAGAGCUUGAGCAAACAAAGCUAGCAGUCCAAGAAGAGCUAAGAAAGAAAGAUGACCAAUUGUUUCAUCUCAAGGAUCUAUUGAGCAAAGCCAUCAGAGAACGAGACGAUGCACAGGAGAAAUGGAAAAGACUUGCCAUUGAGAAGGUCCUGCUCCAGCAGCAGCAGCAACAUCACCAAAAUGCUCCUCUCUCUGGGAUUUCCAGCAUUGAGGACGAACCCAGAAGAGGAAUUGACUCCAGCAAUGGCUUCUCAUCGUCAGAUUGUGAGGAGAGCAUUGUUUCAUCUCCUGUUAUUGACCAGACUCCACAACCAUCCCAAUUGCCCCAAACAGCAGCACCACAAACUAUCCCUCAAGCAGCAAUUGAGUUGGUUCCUGAAAAGCCAUUACCUGAAAAGGGAAAGCUUUUACAGGCAGUGAUGAAAGCUGGUCCACUCUUACAGACUCUCCUCCUAGCUGGGCCACUUCCUCAAUGGAGACACCCACCACCACCACUCGAUUCCUUUGAGAUCCCACCUGUCACCAUACCUUCACCACCACCCCCACCACCCGCAGUGCCUCAGCUCACCCACCUAGACUCAUUAACCAACACUCAUGGUUGCUAUAGAAAAAGGGUUCUCUCCGAUGGCUUUGAUUCUCCUACAGAGACCAAGUACCAAAGGAUAGCCCUCCACUGACAACCACACAACCCACUAAGUUAUGAUUUACAACUUUUAUAUAUAUUUAUAUCAUUUAAAUAUACCACUAAUUAAAAAAAUCAGUGAGGAAAAGGAAUUGCAGGAUGGGCACGAGACUGAUCUAGCAUUUUUGUACAGAAGAAGUUUGUUUUAGAGAAGCUAUUCCAAGUUGACCAAAGUGAUGGGAAGACAGAAGAGUAGUCGAUGGUCUUGUUCUUGGCCAAUGUUUUUGGGUGGAGAUUUUGGUCUCUUUCUUCUUUUUUUUCUUUCUCUUAUUCACAUUUUAGUUUUUGUUCCAUGAUGUGAAAGGGGGCUUGAUGAUUUUCACAGCUGUUGCAUGUAACUUGUAACUCGGAUACAGUAGUCGUGGUGUGCAGGUUUGAGAAAAAGCGUGUGAACUUGAAAGGGAGAUGAACACAGAACCGCAAUCAAAAACAUUGGUUGAUGGUUGUGAAGUUGUUAGGAUUGGAUGAUGAGUAAGGCCAACAGCCAUAGGGUUUGAGAGACCUGCUUGUCGGGUUGAGUGGAUCCCACAAAUCAGAAUCAGGAUCUACUACUGGUGUGAUAUAUGAUUAUAUUACUCCUUUUUUUUUCUUUUUUCUUUUUUCAUUAUUGAAGGAAAAAGUAUUGAUUA